CAACAAAAACUCACACUCUCCCAUUCCCCUCGUUCGGAACUCUCGACUUUCUCGUCUAGAACCGGCUUCCCACUCCUCCGGAGAAACAUCAGCCAAAGCGCCUCCGUAACCACAUUUAUCAGUUCAAGGAAAAAAAAUCGAAAAUUGCAUGCAUUCAAAAAGAAAAUGAAAAGAUGUACCUUCGCGCAAGUGAGAUUGCCAGCAUGA